GUUUUAUGUUUGAGGAUGUGAUGUUAAUUGACAGCUAAUGAAAUUCAUUAUCUCCCCUUUGGUGCUGAAAUUUCAGCCUAACACAAAUGCCUAAAUAAGUAAUGCCAUGCAGGUAUAGGUCAGGUUUUGGUUUUUUUUCUUUUCUAGCUUUUCAUUAGGUGGGUUGAAAGCAAAUAAGAGAGUGGAGAAUGUUUUGGUGGUAGAGGGGAUUUUAAUGCUAAUGCUUGUGGCGGUUUGGAGAAGCUAGAGUAAAAGAACUGAAAGGAAGUGGGGAAAAAAAGUCACUGUGAGAGAAACAGUAACUCCUUGUUGCUGUGCUCCUUACUUAGCACUUCUUUGGAAGCAGUCUUCUGUUAAUGAUACUGCAAUUGAUUAAAAAUAGACCUCAGAGUUGUAAGAAGAAAACAAAAAUCUUUCAGUCUUUUUAGAAAAUGGUGGUUUGGUUUUGUGAGGUCUUUUAAUUACUUAGCAUUAUGAAGCAGUGCUGGUAUCUCUCUUCAGUAUCAGAAGCUGCGUUUUUAAGCUGUCGUUGCUGUUUAGUUUCUCUGUUUCAUUGCUUUUAUGUGCUUAGCAGGGAAAGGAUCCUUUUAGAAUUAUGAGUUGCAUGUUUCCCUUCCUCAGAAAGGCUGGAGAAGUUUAUAGGGCAGGUUAAAGUAUUCAGGGCCCUAUAUACGUUUGAGCCCAGAACGCCAGAUGAACUGUACUUUGAAGAAGGAGAUAUCAUUUACAUCUCAGACAUGAGCGAUACAAAUUGGUGGAAAGGAACUUGUAAAGGGAGAACUGGACUAAUUCCAAGCAACUAUGUGGCAGAGCAAGCAGAGUCUAUUGAUAAUCCACUGCAUGAAGCUGCCAAACGAGGCAACCUGAGCUGGUUGAGAGAGUGUUUGGAUAAUCGAGUUGGUGUCAAUGGUUUAGACAAAGCUGGAAACACAGCUCUGUAUUGGGCAUGCCAUGGAGGCCAUAAAGAUGUAGUAGAUGUGCUGCUUGCCCAGGCAAACCUAGAGUUAAACCAACAGAACAAAUUGGGAGACACAGCUUUGCAUGCUGCUGCAUGGAAAGGUUAUGCAGAUAUUGUAGAGAUGCUGCUGGAAAAGGGGGCAAGAACAGAUCUGAAAAACAACGAGAAGAAACUGGCUUUAGAUAUGGCAACGAACGCAGCUUGUGCUUCUUUGCUUAAGAAGAAACAGAGUGCAGGUACAGUCCGAACAUUGAGUAAUGCAGAGGAAUACCUUGAUGAUGAAGACUCCGAUUAGCUUUUUGAUUCCAUAUGGAAAACUAUAACUUGCAUUGCCUAUGUCAUUUUCAAAACAUAUCUUUACAACUGUAAAAAUAUCUCACUUAGAGUAUCGCAGUAUAGCAUAUUAAUGAGAGGGUGAAAUCAUGCUUGCAAAGGAAUAAUCUUCAUGUAGCCAGAUAAUGUCACAUUUUAAGUUGGAGUUCCUUUUUGGAAUUAUCAUAGAGAAAGUGUGGCACACCUUUAGCACUGAAUAUGGCAGAGGACCAUCUUCUAGACUCACAGGUUUCAUCUCAGGCCGUCCCAGCAAGUGCCUUGUAUUUCUGGAAUACUGAAAGGUCCAUGUGGGACAGGAGGACACCACUGCUAAAUUUCCCCAAAUCCCUCUGGGUAUAUGUUCCUUCAUGCAGCCAAUACUGACAGUCAGUACUGGCUGGCAGGCAUAAAUGGAGAUGCUGCCGUAGAGAGGGGCAAUUCUUUGCCUGCACGGGAGACAGCAUUGCAAGGUUUGAUUUUUAAUUUUGGUAAAAUUUUUUCCCUCCCUUCAUCCCUCUUAAGUGAAAUGCAAAAUAACCUGAGACAAUCUGCCUCAGGAGUGCUUUGUCUUCUCUAUUGCUGUGGGCCCAGUCCCUGAAAUGUAACACAGGUGAAAGGCUUGCUUAAGUCAGGUUUGCUUUAGAAAUUCACUUGGACUUUGUGGCUUGAUUAUUUUGCUUUUUGAACUGUUAUUAUGCUGAAACCAUUUGUAGUGAAAGGAACACAGAAUAUUUUUCUAUUUAUCCUGCCUAAAAUUUUUUAAUACAGAUCUUUGCUUUUUUUUUUUUGCAAGUGCUCUUAUGUCUUGUCCUAUAUUACCUCAAAGUUUUAGUGUGUUUGAAGUAAUGAGGGAAGAUGUGCAUCAAAUAUACCAGAGGUAUCUUUAGAAGAGACACCUGAAGCUGAAUAAACAUUUUUAAAAUGUAUUGCUGCUUCCUGUGAAUUAAAGAAAAAUGGAAAAUAAAUUCAGCUACUUUGAAGAUUCCCUGCUGCGUUAAAAAAUAACUUCCUUCAGAUUGCUCAAGUAGCUGUAGCCGAAUAUUGCACAUUACCAAGAGAUACUUUCUUAUUGUCAUGGUAAGUAAAUGUUACAAGUAUUUGAGAUACAAUCUCAUUUUCAAUUUUUUAUUGCUAACUUCUCUAAUAGAGACUUCUGACAAAUUCAUUCUGACACAGCAGUCUGUGAUACUAAAACAAAACCAAAAAAUGGAGAAAAAUAGGGACAAAAAAAAAGCUCUUGUGAAAGACUGGGGAUAAAUAAAAAGCUCUUAUGGAAGUCUGGGGAUAAAUGAAAAUCACACUAAGUAUGUAAGAGAUUUUAAAAAGUCUAGAGCACUCCUAAUUUCCAGUUUUUAAAAAUACAUUGAGCCAGAUUUUUAUUUUUAUCGUCCUGCAAAGAACUAGAUGCCAGUAAAGCUUGUUAAGCUCUUAUCAAAGAAGGCAGUGUUUGAUUGACCAGAAGUGUUUAAGAUGGGUCAUUGCACAAGCAAUCAUUUGCAGAUGUAAUUCUAGACUGUUUAAAUGUUAAAACUAUAGAACAAAUGUUUUAGCCCUAUGCAAUACUGUGGUUAAAUGAACAGUGAUGUUUUAUUUUGUGUGAACUUGAAGAUCCUAGAGGGAAAGAAAUAAAAACCAAAGCCACCAAUUUUUCUCUCUAGCUUUCAUUAGAACAGUUGUUGAACAUAACUCAUUAUAUUUAAGACUGUUCCGCUUCUCAUUUAAUCAGCCAGCUCUUUUACUAGCUCAGCCUUUUAUCAUAGUUAAACCGCAUGUUAUGCUGCAUACUGUUGAUUAAAAUUAUGCAAUUUCAAAAUGCAAGCUUUAAAGUCCUGUAAUGAGAGGCAAGAAGCUUCAGGUAUCUGUUGCAUGAGUGUUUUUCCUGCAAAAACAAAAAGCUCACAAACUUGACUCACAAAAUUUUUCAGUGUCACAGGACAUGGAGGGAAUGGCUCAAGUCACUGUAUUUUCUCUGGAGCUUUGGAGGUAGUGUCUGUAUUCAUAAAUAACUCUUAAUGUAAUGUCUUCUGCUGCCACGGGUUCAGCAGCCUACAAGGAAGAGGUUGUGCUCAUGUCUGUGCAAUUAACAGCUGCCAGAAGACCCUGUGUCCUGCAGACAGAUCUAAGUGCUGCAUAGGAGUUGUGACAGAAGCACAAGUUGAGCCCAAGGAUUGCAUCCAAAGUCUUGCUGGAGUCCUGAAGGAAGCACAUUUACAUCGCAGGCACGCAGGGAGUGCUGUCAUUUUUUUCCAGGACAAAAAUUACUGCUUUUUGUUUUUUCCCACAACUUUGUUUUUCUUUAUGAAACUGUCUGUUCAUCUUGUGAAAUACAAAUCACUGUGAAAGCUUUCAGGCAAUAAACUACUUUUUGUCUAACUCCA